UGUAUGUAGAGAUACCCACGGCCUUAUAUAUAUUCGAAUUACAAUUGCCUGGUUUUAUAUAUCACAUCACCUCAAUCCAGUUACAUUGCUUGAAUCAUGCAUGCAGUUCAUUGUAUCCUUCUCAAUACGGUUAAGCGUGAUCUGGAGCUCUUUAGCGCUUCGUAGUUUAUGCGUAGGGUCAGCGUUGAUUCUCCUCCAACCCACGCUGCGCCAGCAUGUCCUACGCUUUAGAAACAAAGAAGCGCAAGUUUGCCAGGGCCCUUGAGUCGAUAUCAAAGCCCUUGACAAGCGAUGGAAACGCAAAAGCCGCUAAGGACCCCAUCGCUGCCGCCCGGGAGCGGUUGGCCGAUCCGCCAUCGAUAAAGAGAGUCCGUGUUGGAGAUGCUAGAGGGGACGGAGAGUCGGCAAAGACGACUGUGUCUCGCAUACUCAGAGGCUCAUCGAGCUCACCCAACGUUCGCCCUAACUUUGUUCCGUGGGACCGAGAGCGUUUCCUCGAGCGAUUGGAGACCUUUCGUCCUGUUACGCGGUGGUCUUCCAAACCGGCGCCGAUAAAUGAGGUGGAGUGGGCGAAACGUGGAUGGUCAUGUACAGACUACAUGCGGGUGGCAUGCGUUGGUGGAUGCGGUUCUACACUAGUUGUAAAGCUUCCAGAUGAAACAGAUGACUUUGAAGAUUUGGACACCGAGAAAGUACAGGAGAGGAAAGACGUUCGAGAGAAAGUUGUCGAGGAAUAUAGAAAGAUGAUCUCAGAUGGUCAUAAAGAAAACUGCCCCUGGAGAAACAAGGCGUGCGAUGCUACGAUCCAUCGCCUCCCACUUUCGAACGCAGAAAACGCUAUUGCAGCGCUACGAGAACGAUACUUGAAGAUUUCGAACAUCGAAAACCAACUACCGUCUAGAGACACAAUCGAGCUACCGGAGCAGGUAUCUCUGGCGGAUAUAAUCAGCGUUAUGCCUCCAGACUUUCUCAGUGGACACACCAAUUCAGGCAAACAAGUACAGAAUAAGAGUCCCGUAGAGAAGGUCAAUAACCAGGAAAAUCAUGAGCAAAACAUCGAUGAACGAGUUUUCGCAUUUGCAUUAUUUGGUUGGGACGUUGUUAGAGAUGGCUCUAACGGUCUGCUAGAAUGCCGCGCUUGCUUUAGGCGUCUUGGCCUGUGGUUGUACCAGCCAAAAGACGGCAAGGAAGCCGUUUAUGAAAAGCUGGCGGUACAUGGCGAGCAUAUGGAAUACUGCCCUUGGAUUGACGGCAAGGCACAAAGCGGUACAGGAAGGCAGACCGAGAAGCCAGAAGAUCUACUUAGCGGCUGGCAAGUCCUGACUCAGAACAUACAAACGAAGCAUCGCAGACACAUCAAGUCAACAACGGGUACAGCAGAAAGCACCCCGCGAGACUCGGAUGCCAGUUCCCUGGAUCUCACAGCAGCGGAUGAAGCCGCUCAGAAAGCCAAAGAUCGAGAAUGGUGGUCAAAGCUGCGCAGGAUGCGAGAUGUAUUACAUGUGAAAGGGCCGAGAAAGAGCAUUUCUGAAAAGAAGCAUUAGCGCUGUUGUAUCAAUGGAACGAUUCAAUCUUUUGUUUCAAGCGAGGUGUUUGGCGAUUUCCUAUGACGAUCUUCUAGGGUUUAGCAUGCAUAUUACGGAGUUUACAAUUACAUUACAGGAC